AUGCCCACAUUUUUGGAAGAUGUCAAGCGUCUCUUUGGUACUGAUUGCCUUUAUUCGCUUCUUGGUUGUGACAGAAAAUUCAAGCGAGCAUUUUACAAAUGCUCUUUGAAAUACCAUCCUGACCGCAAUGACGAUGCUAGAAAAUCGAUGGCGACAGAACAGUUCCAAAUUAUUGCUCGUGCUUUUUCCAUAUUGUCAAACAAAGAUUCAAGGGCAGCAUACGACGAGACAGGCAUUGUUGGUGAUUCGUUUUCGGAAAAGUCUUUCGAUGAUUGGGUCGACUACUGGAAACUUAUAUUCCCGCCACUAACCUCAGAAAAGAUUGAAGAGUUUAAACGUGGAUACAUCGGAAGCCAGGAAGAGCGGGAGGAUAUUGCGAAAUACUACGAACUUUUCAGAGGUGAUAUGGAUAAAAUAAUGGAUUCCGUGAUGUUUGCGGACCCAGUCUGUGAAGACCGUUAUCGAGAAAUCAUUCAAGCGUUGAUAGAUGAUAAAAAAGUCAAGGCGUACAAAGCGUUCGUAAAUGAACCUGCAAGAAAACGGUCUAACCGCUUGAGAAGAGCCAAGCAAGAAGCGAAAGAAGUCAAUAAAUCUACAAGUGAAUUGGCCUCCGCAAUUCAGGCUAUUCAACAAAAACGUUUAAAGACAUCCGAAGACCUUAUCACCAAACUCACUGAAAAGUACUGUCAGCCUCAAAAGAGGAGACAGCGGCAUGGGCGAUAA